GUUUGAUUUAGUGUAUAUCUCGAUCAUGAAGAAGGUUCAGAUCCAGAGGGGUAUCCGAAAGUUCUUCAAGAAGUUUUCAAUUGACAGGUUCUCGAGAUAUAUCUUCAAUAUUACGUACACCAAUUUGUGAUCUGACAGGUUCAACAUGGAAAGUGGUCCAUCUCUGGGUGUAUCCGAAGUAGGAGCAGCAAUGCAACGUUUCGGAUGGGUGGACUACAUAAUGUUCUUCAUCAUGUUGGGAAUAUGUCUGGUGGUAGGUUUAUAUUUCGGACUGUGCAAAAAAACCCAAAAUGCCCAAGAGUAUCUGGUAGGAGGACGUUCUAUGAAUGUGGUGCCCAUUGCAAUGUCUCUAAUAGCAAGUUGGGUAAGUGGUAUAUCUCUGCUAGGAAUACCGACAGAAAUAUACGUUUAUGGUAUCCAAUAUACGUAUAUUAUCAUCGGCCUUCUCUUGACUACUUUACUCAUGGGAUCAAUUUAUUUGCCAGUAUUUCAAGGGCUGGAACUAACCUCAACAUAUGAGUACCAUGAGAGAAGAUUCGAUAAAAAAGUGAGGUUAUUUGGAUCUGUACUGUUCACUAUCGGUAUGAUUGCUUGGUUACCCUUAGUCAUCUAUGUUCCAGCCUUAGCUUUCAAUCAAGUGACCGGAAUAAAUGUUCAUUUGACAACACCAGUGGUUUGCGUUAUCUGCAUCAUCUAUACAUCUAUGGGUGGUUUGAAAGGUGUAGUAUGGACUGACGUAAUACAAAUAGUCAUUAUGAUUGGUGCAGUCAUAUUGGUUGUGAUAAAAGGAACAAUAGAUGUUGGAGGUAUCAGCAAUGUCUUGCAAAGAAAUUGGGAUAGUGAUAGAAUUGAAGGCCCCAACUUUGAUUUGAACCCGAUGUCGAGACAUACCAUUUGGGCCCUAGUGAUUGGUGGCGCUGCUUACACUUUGCAAAGUUCUGGGGUAAACCAGAAUAUGAUACAGAGAUAUUUGUCUUUACCAACCCUGAAGGAGGGGAAAAGAGCCCUGUGGACGUUUUUCUUUGGAAUAGCUCUCAUCGUCAUAUUUUGUUCGUACUGUGGCAUGCUGAUUUUCGCUACUUUUCACAAAUGCGAUCCCCUAACUACCAUGUUGGCUAGGGAGAAAGACCAACUGUUGCCUAUUCUUGUGAUGGAAAUUUUGGGAGACAUGCCAGGAUUACCAGGAGUAUUUGUUGCAGGAAUUUUCAGUGCAGCAUUGAGUUCGUUAUCAACUGGUCUGAAUGCUAUGGCUGCCGUGGUUUUGGAAGAUUUCUAUAAGCCUUUCUUCAAAACAAAACUCACGGAGAGACAGACUUAUCUCAUGAUGAAAAUAACUGUAUUGUCCAUGGGUGCAGUAUGUGUGGGUCUUGUGUUUGUUGUAGAAAAAUUGGGGGCAGUACUACAGUUGACCAUGAGUAUAGGUGCUAUCGCCAAUGGUCCUUCAUUGGGACUAUCUACUAUGGGUAUUCUUCUACCGUGGGUAAAUGCAAAGGGUGCUCUUGCAGGAGGAAUCGCAUCUCUGAUAUUCAUGUCGUGGCUGUGUCUGAGCGCUCAGAGUCUGAUAUCCUCAGGCGAUUUGACUUUUCCUGAGAAACCCGUUUCUACCGAAGGAUGUCACUAUCAUUUCACACCAAAAUCAUCCAUUAGCAUGUCUUUCACACCUGCGUUGAAUAUGAGUGAUGUCACGCAUACAGACGAGAAAUACAUGAUAUAUAGGUUGUCCUACUUGUGGUAUUGCUUGAUUGGGACCUUGGUAGCAAUGUUCGUGGCGUUGAUAGUCAGUUAUUUCACUGGACCGAUGAAGCCUGAAGAUGUCGAUCCGAAACUUUUGGCGCCGUUCGUGAGGAAAUUAAUACAAUCUAAGAAAUUAGCUGCGAAUGGUCAUGAUAAUGUAAUUGCAUUCAAGAAGAUACGUACGAAACAAAGUAAUGGUAAAGCAAAAAAUCAUGAUAGAGAGAAAGCAGUUGCAGAGAACAAAGAACUGAAAUGUAUAGUAUGAAAAAAAGUUUUUCAAUAGAUCGCGGAAUCUUUGAAUAAAAUGUAUGUUUUCUA